AUGAAAGAUCGACCGCAUCGGCCUUACCGAGAUCAUCACGGACAGGCGAUGCCCCUCGAGGAGGUGCAAGGAUUGCUACUUCCUCCUUCCAGAACAGGUAACCGGGGACCACUGAAUGUGACGAUUGUACAGGUCGGGAAAGGAAAUGGUGCCGGUGGAGAUGGCGGUGGUGAUUUACUGAGAUUGGAACCGCCGUCGGAUUUAAGGCCGACUCCGUCGCCCUUAUCCGACACCAGCGCCACAUUGCAGUCCGACAACAAUGAUGCUUUUAGCGGAGGUGUCGAUCCAAGAUUAUUGUUGGCCACUGGCGGCGAUCGUAUCACGUGGGAGGGCCGUUACAACGUGAAGGAACAUCGGCGUGCUGGAAAAGCGACUUUCCAGGGUCAAGUUUACAACUUUCUGGAGCGUCCCACCGGCUGGAAGUGCUUCCUAUACCACUUCUCUGUGUGA